AUGGCCCCCUCAGCCAUCGACCCCGACGCGCCUCGUCCAGCUCCAGGCCAGCUAAGCACUGACUUCGACGACACCAUCCGCUUCUACCUUAACGGCACACGCGUCGUGCUUGACAACAUCGACCCCGAGAUCACCUUGCUCGAAUACCUUCGCGGAAUCGGUCUGACAGGGACCAAGCUUGGAUGCGGCGAAGGCGGUUGCGGCGCCUGCACUGUCGUCGUGUCACAUCUCAACCCAACUACGCAGAAAAUCUACCACGCUAGCGUUAACGCAUGCUUAGCGCCCCUCGUCUCGGUCGAUGGGAAACAUGUCAUCACCGUCGAGGGCAUCGGCAACGUGAAGCGGCCGCAUCCGGCUCAGGAACGCGUGGCCAAGGGGAAUGGCUCUCAGUGCGGAUUCUGUACACCCGGGAUUGUCAUGAGCUUGUAUGCCCUGCUCAGGAAUAGUGAAGGGAAGGACUUGACCGAGGAAGAGGUCGAAGAGGCGUUUGAUGGUAAUUUGUGCCGGUGUACGGGGUAUAAGCCUAUUUUGGAUGCAGCGAGGACUUUUGUGGGGGAGACGAAUAAGAAGACUUUGAAAGGGUGUGGGAGGGCUGGGGGAUGUUGUAUGGAGGAGAAGAUGAGCGAGCCCGCCGCCGGGGGGUGUUGCAAGUCUGAUGGGCCGAAGACUGGUGGUGGGUGUUGCAUGGAGAGCAAGCCCAAGACCAGCAGCGGUUGUUGUAUGGGAAAUGGGGAGAAGCCGGCUGGCGGAUGCUGCAUGGACAAGUUGAAGGUCGAUGGAGACCGGGACAUCAAGAAGUUCACACCGCCAGGGUUUAUCGAGUACAACCCCGACACGGAGCUUAUCUUCCCUCCAGCGCUCAAGAAGCACGAGUUCCGCCCGCUGAUGUUUGGCAACAAGCGCAAGAAGUGGUUCCGGCCGGUCACCCUCGACCAGUUGCUUGAGAUCAAGGCUGCUUACCCCGACGCAAAGGUCAUCGGUGGCAGCACCGAGACACAGAUUGAGAUUAAAUUCAAGGCCCUACAGUACCCCGUGUCGGUAUACGUUGGGGAUAUCGCUGAGCUACGGCAGUACAAGUUCCACGACAGCCAUCUCGAGAUCGGCGCCAACAUCAGCCUGACUGACCUCGAGCACAUCUGUCUUGAUGCCGUCAAGCACUACGGCGAGGCCAAGAGCCAAGUGUUUAAGGCCAUCUACAAGCAGCUCAAGUACUUCGCGGGAAGGCAAAUCCGCAACGUGGGCACCCCAGCCGGCAACUUGGUCACUGCGUCCCCUAUCUCUGACCUCAACCCCGUCCUGAUGGCCGCCGAGGCUGUGCUUGUCGCCAAAACACUCGACGAGACAACUGAGAUCUCGAUGGCCAACUGGUUCAAGGGCUACCGACGGACUGCCCUCCCCCAAAACGCAGUGCUGGCCUCGAUCCGCAUCCCCGUCACCCGCGAGAAAGGCGAGUUCAUCCGCUCGUAUAAGCAAUCCAAGCGCAAGGACGACGACAUCGCCAUCGUGACUGGCGCUCUGCGCGUCAGAAUCGAUGACGAUGGCGUUAUCGAGGACGUGAACCUUGUCUACGGCGGUAUGGCGCCUACCACGGUGUCGGCUAAGCAAACGAACGAGUUCCUCAAGGGCAAGAGGUUUGCCGAGCUGGAGACCCUCGAAGGAGCGAUGAAUUCCUUGGGUAGGGAAUUCGACCUGCCGUAUGGUGUCCCCGGCGGCAUGGCGACAUACCGUAAGUCCCUCGCGCUUGGGUUCUUUUACCGGUUUUAUCACGAGGUCAUGCAGGCUCUUCAUCCCGAGGCGGCGGACAUGGAGGCCGUGCCGGAGGUCGAGAGGCAGAUCGCUCGUGGAAGGGAAGACCGUGAGGCAGCCGUUGAGUACAUGCAGGAGACGCUGGGCAGGUCAAAUCCCCAUGUUGCGGCGCUGAAGCAGACGACGGGCGAGGCGCAGUACACGGAUGAUAUCCCCCCGCUGAAGAACGAGCUGUAUGGCUGUCUCGUGUUGUCAACGAAGGCGCAUGCCAAGUUGAAGAGUGUUGAUUGGAGCGCUGCGCUGGAGGUUCCGGGAGUAGUUGAUUAUGUUGAUCACAAGGAUAUGCCGUCUCCACGGGCGAAUCGCUGGGCUGCGCCGCACUUCGAUGAAGUCUUCCUUGCGGAGGAUGAGGUCUAUACCGCGGGCCAGCCGAUCGGGUUGAUCCUGGCGACGUCGCCGCAGCGCGCGGCGGAGGGGGCACGGGCAGUCAAGAUUGAAUAUGAAGAGCUGCCAGCCGUGUUUACGAUUGAGGAGGCGAUUGAAGCCGGCAGUUUCUUUGACUUUUAUCGCGAGAUUAAGAGGGGCGAUGUGGAGGAGGCGUUCAAGAACUGCGAUUAUGUGUUUACGGGGACGGCCAGGAUGGGUGGGCAAGAGCAUUUUUAUCUCGAGACGCAGGCGGCGGUGGCCAUUCCCAAGCCAGAGGAUGGAGAGAUGGAGAUUUGGUCUAGUACCCAGAAUCCUAGUGAAGCGCAAGAGUAUGCCGCCCAGGUGUGCGGUGUCCAGGCCAACAAAGUUGUCGUCCGCGUCAAGCGCCUCGGAGGCGGCUUCGGCGGCAAGGAGAGCCGCUCGGUGCAGCUCAGUUCGAUCCUGGCGCUGGCGGCGAAGAAGACGCGCCGUCCUGUCCGUUGCAUGCUCACCCGUGAGGAAGACAUGGUCACAUCCGGCCAGCGUCAUCCAUUCCUGGGUCGUUGGAAGGUCGGUGUCAACAAGGACGGAAAGAUCCAAGCUUUGGAUGUCGACAUCUACAACAAUGGCGGCUGGUCAUGGGAUCUGAGCUCUGCCGUGUGUGAGCGCGCUAUGUCGCAUGUCGAUGGUUGCUACUAUAUUCCGAAUGUGUAUGUCAGGGGCCGGAUUUGCAAGACUAACACCGUGUCGAACACCGCGUUCCGUGGAUUUGGCGGUCCCCAGGGCAUGUUCAUCGCCGAAACGUACAUGUCUGAGGUGGCGGACCGGCUUGGAAUGCCGGUCGAGAAGUUCCGCGAGAUCAACUUCUACCAGCGUGGCCAGCUCACCCACUUCAACCAGUCCAUUGUCGACUGGCAUGUGCCCCUGAUGUGGGAGCAGGUGCAGAAAGAGGCAGACUACGCUGCGCGCCGCGAGGCCGUCGACAAGUUCAAUGCCACACACAAGUGGCGCAAGCGUGGUCUGGCUCUCAUCCCAACGAAGUUUGGCAUCUCCUUCACCGCGCUGUGGUUCAACCAAGCCGGCGCACUGGUCCACAUCUAUCAAGACGGCUCCGUCCUCGUCGCCCACGGCGGUACGGAGAUGGGCCAGGGCCUGCACACCAAGAUGACCAUGAUCGCUGCCCAGGCUUUGGGUGUCCCCAUGGAGGACGUCUACAUAUCCGAGACGGCCACUAACACCGUUGCCAACACCUCCCCAACCGCGGCAUCAGCUUCGUCCGACCUGAACGGCUAUGCUAUCUACAACGCCUGCGCCCAACUCAACGAGCGCCUUGCCCCCUACCGCGCCAAGCUCGGCCCCAACGCGUCCAUGAAGGACAUUGCGCAUGCUGCGUACCACGAUCGCGUCAACCUCUCCGCGCAAGGGUUCUACAAGACGCCUGAGAUUGGUUAUGACUGGACCAAGAACGAAGGUAAAAUGUUCUUCUACUUCACCCAGGGCGUUGCCGCCGCCGAAGUCGAGGUCGACACCCUCACUGGCAGCUCAACCUGCUUGCGCGCAGACAUCAAAAUGGACGUGGGCCGCUCCAUCAACCCCGCAAUCGACUACGGCCAGAUCCAGGGCGCCUUUGUCCAGGGCAUGGGACUCUUUACCAUGGAAGAGUCGCUGUGGCUCAGGCAAGGACCGAUGAAAGGGAAUUUGUUUACCCGCGGCCCGGGCGCGUACAAGAUUCCUGGUUUCAGGGAUAUCCCGCAAGAGUGGAAUGUGAGUUUGCUGAAAGGGGUAGAGUGGCAGGAAUUGAGGACUAUUCAGAGGAGUAGGGGCGUCGGGGAGCCGCCUUUGUUUUUGGGGAGUGCGGUGUUCUUUGCGAUUAGGGAUGCGUUGAAGGCAGCAAGGAAGGAGUUUGGAGUCGAGGCGGAGGUCGGCGUCGAUAGGGAAGAUGGGGGGCUGUUGAGGUUGGUGAGUCCCGCGACGGCGGAGAGGAUCAGGCUGGCAUGUAAGGAUCCCAUUGUUGAGAGGGCGAGAGUUGUGCCGAAGGAGGGAGAGGAGGGGUUUUUUAUUGCUAUUUGA